AUGAAGUAUCAGGAACUCAAUGGCAAUGAGAUUUUUCAGAUUGGACCAGACAUUCAGAAGCAGAUGAAAGAUGUUUCUGAAAAUCUGGAUAUUUUGGUGAAUAUGACUUUUACAAGACUGAAAAUGUACUGUGACGAUCGCUUUAUUGGUCUAAAAGUUUGGAGGCAUAAGAAAAAUAUCACAGAACAGCCCGAGAUUUCCAAAAACAUGACAUUGACAGAGUUGAAAAUGUAUUGUGAUGAUCGUUUUAUCGGUGCAAAAAUUCAUAUCCAAGUGAGGGAUAUUUCUGAAAAUCCAGAGAUUUCAAGAAAUUUGACUUUGACGGCGCUGAAAAAGCAUUGUGAUGAUCGUUUUGUAUGUCUCGAAAACACUUAUUGCUACAAAGACUCUUAUAACUACCAACUGCUCGAUGAAUGCAUUGAAGAAGUGUUUCAAAUUGGCCCAAUGUCGUUUUGUCUUAAGAAAUUGAGGGAAAUUUCGAACUCGGAACCCAACAAACUGUCAAAAUGUGUCAAGGAAUAUUUAGAGAAGAACGCUACCUCUAGUACGGACUGUUUGGUGAUCAAAAACACUGGCGACUGUUUGCUCCCCGAUGUUCAAAAACAUUGUGACCCGAAAUUUUUGGCAAUGUACAAACAGGUAACCUAG